AUGACCCAUGAAACCCUGCAGUUCGCGCCCAUUCUCCAAACAGAGAGACUCAUCCUCACCCUCAUCGACUUCACCAAGCAGUCCGACGAGCAGACCUUCAUCACAAUGCUCAAAACAAUGGCCAGCGACCUCCUCAACAUCACAGACCAAGAAGCCACAGCAAACGCCCAAUCCUCCCUCGCCUUCUACCGCUCCCACGGCCGCAUCCAGCCCGCCAUCCUCCGCGGCCGCCGCAUUGCAGCCGACCAGCCCGCCAUCUGGCUCGUCCGCCUCGCGGCGCCGCACGGCGACUGCAUCGGCGUCGUCUACGUCGUCCAGCGCAGCCCCAUGCCCGACCAGUCCUGGAUCCUCCUCCCGGAGCACCGCGGCAGGGGCUACGCCACCGAGGCCGCCGGGGAGGUCCUGCGAUACUUCCGCGACGAUCUGGGCGUCCGCGACAUGAUGGCCGUUGUGCACCCGGACAGCCCAAAGAGCCCGCGCGUGGCCGGCCGGCUGGGCUACGUGCCUGUUGAGGGCGGCAUCAUGUACGAGGACGGCGUGACGAGGCUGCUGUUAGCGUGCAAAUCCAUCUAA